UUGAAUCCAUUCCCAACAGCAGGGAAGGAGGGAGUGAAGCAGAGACAGAGAAGGAGAGAAAUAAAAACAGAGAUAGGCCGAGAGAACAAAUAAAAAGCAGAGGGAGAGAGAGAGAUCGGCAGAGACAGGGAGAGAGAAAAACCCAGGCAAAAGCAAAAAGACCGUUCACAGAGAGACAAAGUCAGACAGAGACACAGCGAUGGCUGACGAUGAUGAGGAUGUUGUGACGGGUCCAGUCUGUUCGUACCUCACCUACAAGUCAGAGGGGGACCGCCUGUACAUGCUGGGGGAGUAUGAGAAGGCUAUCAACAGUUACACACAUGCUCUUCAACAAGAACCAAAGAACAGGAACUGUCUGGUUGCCCGGUCCCGAUGCUACCUGGCAAUGGGAAACACCACUCUUGCUUUGAAGGAUGCAGAGGCCUCCCAGUUGGGCAAUAAAGAGUUCUAUAAGGGCCUUUAUCGAAAGGCUGAAAGCCUUUAUGCUAAGGGUGAAUUUGAACUUGCAUUAAUGUUCUAUCAUCGAGGACAUAAACUCCGUCCAGAUGACCGGAAUUUCCGCCUGGGAAUUCAGAAAGCUCGGGAGGCUAUCGACAAUUCUGUUGGAAGCCCUUCCUCAGUGAAGCUUGAAACUAGAGGUGACCUGUCCUUCUUUUACAGAAGAGAGGAGAAAGCACUACCGCAAACCAAAUCUCAACUGCGAAGGCAGAAAUUAAACCUGAAGCAGCAGAGUAUGAAAACAGACCAGGAUGAGCCGAAAACCAACAAAACUGUCCGAGUGCUUCUGGGAGAGCUGUAUGGAGACAAGGAGUACCUGGAGAAUCUGCUCCUGGACAAGGAACUGAUGAAAACCAGUACAGAGAGUGGAGGCAGCAUCCAGGAACUGAUCAUGAACGGGAUCACAUUCCUGGACACACGCACCGAGUUCUGGAGGCAGCAGAAACCAAUCUUUGCCCGAGACCGUGAACAGCGAAUAAAGGCACAAAGCUGGAAAACCCAGAGGAAGCAAGUUGAGACAGAGCAAACGACUUUCAUCCUCCAGCGCAUGGAGGAGAUUGACAUGUUGUUGGCUGAUGGCUAUCCUGAGGAAUGUAAGACUAAGGCCAUGGAGUUGGUGCAAAUUGUGAAGGAGUGGUCACAGAGAGAGGUUCCUAACAAGGCCGAAUUCCUGGGCAACCUGUACAACACCAUUGGACUCGCCCAGGUUGAGCUGGGAGAAUUUGAGGAUGCUCUGACAAGUCAUCAGAAAGACCUGCAAAUUGCCAAAAAAUUUGACAACUUGGAAGCAAAAUCAAGAGCCCUGGACAACAUUGGCAGAGCGUACGCAAGGAUUGGUGAAUUUUCAAAGGCUGUGGAGGCCUGGACGGAGAAGGAACCUCUAACGAAAACCCACCUUGAACGUACUUGGCUCUUCCAUGAGAUUGGACGAUGUCACCUGGAACUCGGCAAUAAUGUGGAAGCUCGAGAUUAUGGUCUAAAGGCUUUGGCAUCGGCACAAAAGACGGGAGAUGAAGAGUGGAAAAUGAACGCCAAUGUGCUUGUGGCACAGGCUGAACUUAAACAAAGCAAACUUCAGACUGCAGUGACAUUCUUCGAACAGGCAUUGAGCAAAGCCAAGCUGCUGAAUGAUGAGCCGGCACAGGAGGCAAUCUCAAACGCCCUGAAAGAUAACAAAAAGCAGAUUGAGCUGGCUGAGCAGGCGAAACAGGAGGAGCUUGAGCAGCUACACGAGAAACAGAGAGCUCAUCGGCUGAAACUUGGUCCGCUCGUUGUUGAUCGGACAAGGACUAAGAAACAGAAACGUACUGCCUUUUCAACUGUGGAGCCACCUUCUCUGGGAGCUGAAGAUGUCACUGAUUCCACCCUCGGUGCUCAGGGUGCUGAGAAGGCUGGUGAGGCAAUAGAAGCAGAGGAAUCCUGCUCCGAGGAGUUCAGUUCAUCAGAUUCUGUCUGUGGGCUUUAUUCAUCAGAAAGUGAUCACGUUUCAGAUUUGUCUCCUCAGGAAUCCAAAGUCUCUCCUGAUCAACCGGUCGUUUCUAAACCUUCAGAUGACUUCCAGGCAUCUCUUGUUCGGAUGGUUCCAGCACAAGAUGGAGAACGGGCUGAGGAGGAUGCCAACCAGGCUGAGGAACAAUUGCCUGAAAACUUUGACAGUGAAGAAGUCAUGUCUGAGGAGACAAAGACACAAAGUGGUGACACGGAAAACACCACUGGAGAAGCUGAAUUAGAGCAAGGAGAAACAGCAGAGGAUGGCGAAACAGAAAAAGAGACAGCAGAAGAGGUUGAAGCAGAGAAAGAAGUGUCAGCAGAAGAAGUGACAGAAAAAGAAGAGACAGGGGAUGAUGCUGAAAGUGAAAAAAGAGAAGCAAUGGAAGAAGAGACAGAUAAAGGAGAGACAGCAGAGGAGGAUGCGGCACCAAAGAAUGAGUGAAAGUUGUCAGGAAUAGCUCUAUUACAUCAACAAAGAUGGUCUGAAGAAUGUCUGGAAGUAUAUCUCAGUGUAACUAACUUUGUUUUUAAUAAUAAAUGGUAUUACCUUUAAUUUUUAAGCCCAGCCCUUGUAAACAUGAGGACAUUUUUAUAAAUACAGAUUAUAAAUAACUCUGUUUAUUGUUUUUAAUGCCAUUCCUUGUAGACUUGAGUUACAGCUCAACUGUUUUCUGUACCAGUUGAUUCCUCUCUUUGGAAACUCUCAAGGCUGGGAUCAUAGGAAUAGGAGGAAACUAUUCAGUCCCACAAACCUGUCAUGCUAAUCAAUGAUUUCAUGGGUCUUAACACCAUCCACUUACCUGGAAUUUAAUACUUUAACCCAUUAAUACCCUGGGUUCAAAUCAAUGGAAAUGAACAACAGAUAGGUUCUACCACAGAUGGCUGAUCUUCUCCACCAGCUGUUACCUGGGGUACCAAGUGGAACAUCUAUAGGUGCAUAUCUUGAUAAACUGAGAAAAAUAACAAGAGGUAAUUAUGUUGAUAAGUGAGUAGUUAUCCCUAAAAGGAUUCAAGGUGAGAAAAUUGGAACUUUAGAAGAGCAAAGAGAUCUGAAAAUGCAUUCAGUAAAAGAAAAAUAAACAGGUACAAAAGGUCCCCAGCAAUCACAAAAUAUUGCAGAUGUUGGAAAUCCAAUAUAAAAGUAGAAAACACUGGCCACAUUUAACAGGUGGAACCUCCGAAUGAAAUAAACACUGAAUGUUUCGUCUAUUAUAAUGCAUGGUUAAGUCCAGCAAUCCAUUCACUUCUAAAAGAUUCUAAUCAUCUAUUAGGGGUAAAGCUGUGGGUAACAAAUGCAGAAUUAUCAAUUUUCUUCAGUCAUUGAGUCACAACAAAUAAGAUGCAAUGAUUUUACCUUCUUAACAGACUUUCUCAGUCUUCAGUAUGCAUCACUGAAAAUUCAACUCCUUCCUCAAAUCUUGUGUGCACCAAUUGAGGAGGCAUAAAAAAACAUUGAUAGUAAAAGCAAUUUGUUUUAAAUUUUGGCAUUUUUCUGUUUGUAUGCAGUGUGUUUGUACACAUGUGAUAUGUAGUUUGUGGUUUAUUGGAAUGUGAGGUUUGUCUCUACUAGUGUUAUACAGUUUGUGUGUGUGUGUCUGUGUUAGUACAUAUUAUGGUGUGAUAGCACCAUAUGGUGUGAA